GAGGAGCAGGUCAGUGCGGAUUGCCAGCAGAGCACGCGGCGUCGGAUAUCUCUAGGAAACUAUACAACGCAACUUCACACAAAUGGAUUUUACCGUGGUAUUGUUAUCCUUCUUCCUAGUUACCAAACCAGUUUUGGUCUUUGGUGUAGAUCCCGAUUACCAGAUCGAUAUCAUCAAUGAACUUGACUUGGCCAACGCGACCUAUGGAGUUACCCAAGUGGCUGGACUUCACAACAACAGCAGAGCCUUCUUAUUUCGAGAUGUGGGGAGGGCCGUGCACGCCCCCGCUCACGUCAGUGAGAAGGUGGUGCAGCUCUUCAAGAAGGGUAGUGAGUUCACCUUCCUGGCCUCUAUCCAGCAGAAGACCUCCACCUCCGGAGUCAUCUUCUCUAUCCACGAGUCUGAGCACAGCUACUUUGAGCUGGAGAGCAGUGGUCUGAGGGAGGAGCUACGCUACCACUAUCGCUCCAGAGGGAAGCCCCGCUCGGAGUCCUUCCCCUACCGCCUGGCUGACGGCCACUGGCACCACAUCGCCCUGUCCAUCAGCGCCACUCACCUGCUGCUGCACGUGGACUGUAACAGGAUCUACGAGCGUGUGAUCGACCCCCCCCAGAUGGACCUCACCCCAGGCAGCGCAGUCUGGCUCGGCCAGCACAGCCACAAGCACGGCCUCUUCAAGGGUAUUAUACAGGAUGUCAAGUUCAUUUUCGCUCCGAAUGGCUACAUCUCUCAGUGUCCCAAUUUAAAUCGCACUUGCCCGACAUGCAGUGACUUCUUGAGUCUGGUCCAGGGCAUCAUGGAUCUGCAGGAGCUUCUGGCCAGGAUGACGCUUAAGCUGAACUAUGCUGAGUCCAGGCUCACCCAGCUGGAGGGCUGUCACUGUGAGAGGAGCUGCCAGGCUGGAGGGCUGAUCUACAGGGACCAGGAGCUCUGGACAGAAACACACCACUGUAGGACCUGUAUCUGCAAGAACGGUGUGGUGGAGUGUCGCAGGAUGUUCUGCGCCCCGACCAACUGCUCCGAUGAUUCACUUCCUGUCCAUGUGGAGGGGACCUGCUGUAAACGAUGCCGACCUAAGUGUUCCUACCUGGGCCAGACCUUCUCUGAGGGACAGCGACUCCUGACCAAGAGCUGCAGAGAGUGCAAGAAUGGCUUGAUGGUGAAAGUGUCAGAGACCUGUCCAGACCUCAACUGUUCUGUCAGAGAGCAGAUUCUGCCCGACAACAGGUGCUGCAACGUUUGCAAAGGUGAGUUCCUUGGGUUUGACUUCUGCUCCGAGGGGCUGGUGUGCGGGGAACACUCUGAGUGCAGGAGCCGCGACAGCCGGGCGGAGUGCGAGUGUAGGAGCGGCUUCACCGCCGUCCACGGAGACGCCACCGACUGCCAAGACAUCGACGAGUGUGCCAGCCAGCUGCAGUACUGCCAGACCAACACGGUGUGUGUCAACCUGCCUGGCAGCCAUCGCUGUGACUGCCUGCCUGGCUUCAUCAGGGUGGACGACUUCUCCUGCUCAGAGCAUGACGAGUGUUGGGGCAGCCAGAGUGGCUGUGAUGACAACGCAAUCUGCACCAACACCGUCAGGGGACACCUGUGCACCUGCAAGCCUGGCUACGUAGGCAACGGUACCAUCUGCAGAGCGUUCUGUGAGGAGGGUUGUCGGAGCGGGGGAACAUGUGUAUCUCCCAACACCUGUGUGUGUCCGUCCGGCUUCACAGGAGCCCACUGUGAGACAGACGUAGACGAGUGUGAAGGUCUGGUUCAGUGCCAUCUCCACUCUCACUGCAUCAACCUGCCUGGGUGGUACCACUGUGAGUGCAGACGCGGUUUCCAUGACAAUGGCUCCUACCUGCUUGAUGGGAGUUCCUGCAUUGACGUUGACGAGUGCAGCAUGCACACACACACCUGCUGGAACCAGAGUGUGUGUGUGAACCUGCCCGGUGGCUUCGACUGUGUGUGUGAUUCCGGCCCAUCCUGCAGCGGAGACUGUCGUCUUGGCGACGGGCUCAGACUUAGCGGGCAGCAGUGGAGCCCCCCCCAGGACCGCUGCUCCACCUGCAGCUGCAAGGACGGCCAGAUCUUCUGCAGGAGGAGAGAGUGUGACUGUAGGGAUGCGGGCGUGGACCUGUUCUGCUGUGCGGAGUGCGACACGAGGCAGAGCAGUCAGUGUCUCCACCAGCGCGGACGCACACUGUACCACAGCGGAGACUCCUGGGUCUACAACUGUCAGCAGUGUCAGUGCCUGGAGGGGGAGGUGGACUGUUGGCCCUUGGCGUGUCCGGUGCUGCCGUGUGACUUCUCCUCGGUGGCGGAGGGCGAGUGCUGUCCUCGCUGUGUGACAGACCCCUGUCUGGCUGACAGCCUGUCCUACGACAUCACCCUGACCUGUCAGGACCUGCAGGGCACCACGCGCCUCAGCGGAGCCACCUGGAGUCUCCCCUCCUCCCCAUGCACCACCUGCACCUGCAAGAAUGGAAGUGUGUGCUGCUCUGUGGAACUGGACUGUCUUCACAACAACUAAAGACCUCCUCUCCUCUGAAGACCUCCUCUCCUCUGAAGACCUCCUCUCCUCUGAAGACCUUCUCCUCUCUUUUCUUCUUCUCCUCUUCUCUCUUCCUCUCCUCCUUCAAUCACUCCACCACUCCUCUCCUAGACUGCAGCACUCAUUCCAUUUGAGGACUCUUUGAUCACACACACAGCCCAACACACACAUAUACCUACACACACAAAGACUGGACCCAUGAGCCUGUUACUAGACCGUGGAGCCGGGGUGUUAAGAGGGGAGCAGAGGCUUGUAGCAAGGUGGACCCUUCUCUCUCCUCACCCUCAACA